AUGGUUGGAUCAAACUUCGUUGAGUUAUCUGCACCGCGACUGAAUCGCAACACCACGUUCAGGAGGACAGAACAGGACGAUGGCAUUGAGAGUAGCGACUCCGAGUGGAUUGCUGUCGAUGUAAGAAACCGUGAAGACCGCGAUUCGGAAGAUGAUGAACAGAGUAUUGUCGAGAUAUCGAGAGGUGAGCGAAUAUCCGAUAUCACUAGAGCCAAUCGUGGACUGAUGUGGUAA